AUGCCACCGAAACGUCCGUUGGAAGAAGAUUUCAAUUCCGAUGAUGAAAUCCAUAAGCUUACGCGGCUUACUACCGAAUCUCAACAGAUAGCACCAAGGAAGAGAAAUUUCCAUGAUGUACAACCAAUGACACAGUAUCUAUCGCAAUCACGAGAUAUAGCAGCAGAUUCGGAACUAGCAACAGAUGAAUUCACGGAAAGAGCUGGUUAUAUUAAACAAAUCAAACUCACUAACUUUAUGUGCCAUGCAAACUUCACGCUAAGACUGGGACCCAGGCUUAACUUCAUAGUUGGGAACAAUGGAUCAGGUAAAUCUGCGAUUUUGACUGCAAUAACUAUUGGUUUGGGUGCAAAAGCGACAACAACUAAUCGUGGGACGAGUUUGAAAGAUCUAAUCAAACAAGGUUGUAACUCAUCAAAGAUUCAAAUUGUGUUGUGUAAUGAAGGUAUUAACUCUUAUGAGCAGCAUAUUUAUGGAAAGGAAAUACGUAUUGAGAGAACCUUAAAACGUGAGGGUACCUCAGGAUCUUUUUCAAUAAGAAGUGAAAAUAAUAAAGAGGUUUCUAGCAAGAAAAGGGAUCUUGAUGCAAUAUUGGAUUAUUUCUCAAUUCCAGUUAUGAAUCCAAUGUGCUUUCUUUCUCAAGAUGCAGCUAGGUCCUUUUUGACUGCAUCUUCAUCUCAGGAAAAGUACCUGCAUUUUAUGAAAGGUACUUUGUUAGAAGAAACAAAGCAAAACCUCGAAGCAGCGGAGGGAUCUAUGCUGUCCUCUAAGACGCGCCUUUCCCUUUUAGAAGAGAGUGUCAGGCAUUUACAUGAGGAUUACAAGCAAGCAGAGACUUUACUUAAUGAACUUGUCUCAAAGAACGACUGGAUAUCACGAAGAAGGCUCUUACAGGGUAAACAUAUGUGGGUUGUAUACAAAUCAAACAGGGAAAAAGCGCGCAUCUUAGAAAAGAAGAAGAAUGCGUUACAAGUUAAGAAACAAGAAUAUCUAGAUCGGAUCUCAGAUACAGAAAAUAAAAUUGAACGCUACCUCAUUCAAAAAGAAGAAGCAGUAAAGGAUGUUAGCUUUAACCUUACCGAAAGACAAAAAAUCGAAGCUGAAAGAUCUUCUUUACAAAUUGAGAUUGACAAAUACAAGCGCCAGCAUACACAAUUAAAGCAACAAGAAAAAAUUGCACAAGAAGACUUACAAACUUCGGAAAGCGCUUAUGCUAAUAUAAUAUCCCAAAUUGAGGCGGCUGAAUCAGAAUUGCGGAAAAAGAAAGGUGGUGAUGAAGAAAGUAUUAGGUCUCAAAUAGAUGAAAUUAAAUUGGAAUUGAGUGAAAUUAAAGAUAAGAUGCCUAAACUCCAUGAAGAUCAACACACACUUGACCAGGAGGAAGGUAUACUCACUAGAGAGAGAAAAAAGCGUAUAAAUGACCUUGAAAAAUCUAUAACAGAAAUGCGUCAAGAGUACAAUGAAUUAAGGUCGUCAGAAGAUAAGCUCGCUCACGCUUUUGAUCGACGCAUGCCUAUGGUUCGACAAAUGAUUAAUCGGCGUAUUAAUGAGUUUUCAUCUCCUCCAAUCGGCCCUAUAGGAUAUCAUGUGAAAGUGAAGAGUGGUUAUGAAGAUUUUGCAUUUCUUAUUCAGACACAUAUCAAUUCUACCCUUGGAGCGUUUGUGGUCAAUAAUAGCAGGGAUGAAUUACUCCUGAAGAAAAUAUUUGAUGCUUGUCAGUUGAGAAAAACACCGGCUGUUAUUACACAUCAAUUACAAUCUUUUGACUAUUCUAGGGGUAAAGCAACUGCCGGAACCACUAUAUCGGAUGUUCUAAAUUAUGAUAUGCCUGAAUUAGAGUACCUAUUGGUCGAUCUUAAUCGUAUAGAAAAAACUGUAUUGGUUAAGAAUAAAUCUGAAGGUGAUCGAAUCUUGCGUCAUCAAAGGCCAAGAAAUCUUAACUUAGUAUUAGCAAGUAGAGACAACUCUAGCGGUUUACAUAUGUCUUUGAGUGGGGGAUCAGGUAUGCGCCUAAACGUAGUCACAUUUGCCAACACUCUAAGGAUAAAGCUGGGAGAUGAUAAUGAUUUAAGCUUUUUGGAGAAAAAGAUAACGUAUCAGAUUCGAGAACUAAAGAAAAUGAGGGCUGAUUUUACUGAAAAGAUUAAUAAGAUAAGAAGUGAGAAAAAAGGCAUCGAAGGUAAAUUAACUGAGUUACCAAGAACACAAAAAAAACUAAGUAGAAAAUUGGAAGAAUUGGAAGAUAGUUUAAAUGGACAAACGGAUACCAGUCGCCUAGAGGCAUUGAAAGAGUCGUUAAAGGAAUAUGAAAUUCAAAUUCAACAAUUGAAAGCGAAUUUAGCUUCUUUUGACGAAAAAUUCGGUGAUUUGGGUUUGCAACUGGAGCCCGCCAAACAAAAAUAUGAUGAUGUGACAAGGCGUUAUCAAGAAGCAAUGGCAGCUUAUGAGAACUCGCGUAAUCUAGAAAUUUCAAUAUCGAAUAAAAUUGACAAAUGUAGGGCUGUGAUCUUGGAAACUCAGAGGAAAAUAUCAGUUAAUAAUGAAAAAACACAAAUUUGUGAAGAAGAACUAAACCACUUACUGUCAAAAUGUGAUGAACAAUUUCAACAAGCAAAUGCAUUUUGUACCGAAGCAGAAAUUGCUAAUGGUGACCUGCCAGAAGACGAAUCUGAAAUUUUAAGGGAAAUUAAAAGAAUUGACGAAAGUGUUCGAGCAUCAGAACGACAAUUAGGUAUGACUCACGAAAACAUAAUAAAGCUUUUCGAAAGUGCAAAAACGAAGUAUGAAGGAGCAAUAGAAAAAUACAAUGAGUUAGAUGAUUCAUUGCAAAAAAUUUAUAAUGCGUUAAUGUUAAGACGAGCUGCUCUGGAACUAUCAGUGAAGGGAACCUGUACUGAUGCAGAUAUAGAUUUUAGAACAUCUAUGAAAACCAGAUCAGGUUAUUCUGGAUCAUUGUCUUUCAAAGUUGCAGGUCAGUUAAAUGUCAUGGUUCAAACAAUGAAUGAUACCAGCCCAAGAAAUGUUGAUACCCUCUCUGGUGGUGAAAAGUCCUUCUCGCAAAUUGCAUUAUUAUUGGCGACGUGGUUAACUAUGCGUUCCAGAAUCAUCGCUCUAGAUGAAUUUGAUGUCUUUAUGGAUCAAGUGAACCGCAAAAUAGGAACAGAUCUAAUUAUUCGUAGAUUGGGAAAAGAUGUUAAAUCAGACACACAAACAAUCAUUAUUACUCCUCAAGAUAUAGGAAAAAUGGCAAAUAUCGAUGAGCAGUUUGUUAACAUUCACAGAAUAAGAAAUCCAGAAAGACAUGUUCAAACGGAUAAUAUAUAA